CUUCACUAGCCUAAAGGUUUAUCCAUGUUACCCACGACUGUCUCCACGCGUAACCUCAACCCAUUGGACUGCAGCCAUUACCACCAUGACCUCCUCCCCCAAGAAAGACCUCGUCCUCGUUACCGGCGGCAGCGGCCACCUCGGCGCCUUCUGCGUCCUCGCCCUCCUCCGCACAGGCCGCUACGCCGUCCGCACAACCGUCCGCACCGCCUCGCGCAUCCAAGACGCGAAAGCCAAAUACCAACAUGGCGGCGCAACAGACGCCCAAAUCGCAGCCAUAGACUUCGUCACUCUCGAUCUGAAUAAUGAUACCGACGAAGCCUGGACAGCCGCCUGCGUAGGCGUGAAAUACGUCUUCCACGUCGCGGGCCUCAUCGCGACAGGAAAGGAGAAGACGGAGGAUGAUUUAUUACCUUUUCUGAAGAAUGGUACUCUGCGUGUCCUACGGGCUGCAAAAACAGCAGGCGUAAAGAGGGUGGUUUUCACAAGCUCCGUCGCAUCAAUCGCGCAUGGACUCGGUUCAAAGAGGAAUUACACUCAACCUUUCACGGAAGAAGACUGGACGGAUUUAUCUGGACAAGCGGAGAAAGUGCACAUCUACGUGAGAUCCAAGACACUACAAGAGAAAGCUGCGUGGGAAUUCAUAAAUUCUCAGGAAGGUAGUGAUGAAGAGAAAAUGGAAAUGGUUGUAAUAAAUGCAACGGCAAUGUAUGGUCCCACAUUGAGUAAAGAAUUCGCAUCGAGUUUGAAAUUGAUUGCGAUUUUGAUGGGUGGGAUGCCUGGUGUACCGCAGUAUGGGACUAGCAUGGUCGAUGCGAGAGAUGUGGCGGAUUUGCAUGUUUUGGCUACGGAGAGUGAGAAGGCGAAUGGACAGCGGUAUUUGGCUAUUACAGGGACGGAGGAAGAAGUGAAUUCUGAAUCGGCGGUGUGUAAUUUUGUAACUGUGAUGCGGUCGGCGGAGAUUUUGAGAGAGGAGUUGCCGAAGGAGAAGACGGGGAAGAUUCCGACGAGGACGCUGCCGAAUUUUGUGAUGAGGGCUGCGGGGUAUUUUGAUCCUGUGGUUAGUGUUUGUUUGCCGGAUUUGGGGAAGGAACUUGCGGGGUCUUUUAGGAAGGCGAGGGAUGAAUUGGGGUGGAAGCCUAGGCCGGUUGAUGUGGCGUUGUUGGAUAGUGCGAGGAGUAUGAUGGAUUUUGGGGUAGUGUAGAGAUCACGUGUAGACUUGUACAGUAUGUACUGUAUAGAUCUAGAUAUUCACGUCAGUAUGCCUAGUAAAGCGUCCAUGAAUCGAGUGGCGUACAGCGACAGUCGUGGCA